GCAGACACCUGUGCGGUUCCCUUGGCCGCCCCGGGACCAGACACACUCCAGUAAGGCUGUUUGACAGCUUCCUCUCAAACAUCAAGGGACUAUAACUGAGAAGCAAUGAUUCGAACGCUCACCUUUCUCUCCUUUCUUGCCUGUCUGAUCAUUUCAGAAGCUCAGCACGAACCAGGGUUCUGCACAUUUUAUGAAGAAUGUGGCAUUAAUCCUGAUGUGACUGGUAGCCUGAUCACUCCCACCAUUCCCUGUCUGAACUACAGCACAGCAAGGCUUUUGGACAAAAUCCAUUACCUGAAGCUGAAGUCUGUAUGUCCAAUGCUGGACCAAGGGGAGGGCAAAACCUUCGCCUGCUGUUCAUUAGGUCAGCUCAUAUCCCUGGAGAAGAGCCUGAGUUUGUCCAAGGCUGUCCUGAUCCGGUGUCCCUCCUGUGCGGAGAACUUUGCUCACCUGCACUGUGUCACAACCUGCAGCUCCAACCAAAGCCUGGUGGUCAAUGUCACACGCACCAUCAAGGUCAACACUACUGGGCUGGAAAAGGAUGCCGUGACGGCCUACCAGGCCUACAUCUCGACAACGUUUGCCGAUGCAGCGUUCAGGUCCUGUCGGAACGUACGAGUCCCGGUCACUGGAGGAUUUGCUAUCGCCACCAUGUGUGGCCUUUACGCAGCCACUCUGUGUACCCCCCAGCGCUGGUAUGACUUCCAGGGGGACUCCAGCAAUGGCCUGGCACCCCUGGACAUUGACUUUCGACUCAUCCCACCAGGUGCACCUGUACCGUCAGGCAUCGUGCCCUAUAAUGGGAAAGUGCCAGGAUGCAACGAAACCUCAAGCACAGGCAACGAGCCCUGCUCCUGCCAGGACUGCAAAGAAAUGUGCCCCUUUAUUCCUCCCCCCACUUCCCCACCCCAGCCCUUCAAAAUAGGCCACAUAGAUGGUCUCCUGGCGGUGUGUCUGUCUAUCUUCUGUUCACUACUUCUCUUCUUCGUUUGCUUCCUGCUGCUAAGAACCUCAGACCACUACUUUAAGUCUAGAAAUAAAGUUAAAGACAAAAAUGGCAAUGAUUUAAGUCAGGAACUCAUGGAGCCUAAAGAUGUGACUUGUACUGACAGGAACAGCCUUGCCACACAAGAGUUCCUGGGAUCCCUGUUCCAGAAAUGGGGUACCCUAAUGGCCACACACCCUCUGAAAACACUUCUGGCUUCCGCAGUGGUGGUUGUGGUCUUUGCAGUUGGCCUAAUGUACAUUGAGCUGACCACCGACCCCGUGGAGCUCUGGUCUGCACCCGACAGCCGUGCCAGACAAGAGAAAGACUUCCAUGACGAAUACUUUGAGCCUUUCUUCCGCACAAACCAGCUGAUCCUCACAGCACCGGGCUACCCAGGCCACUUUUAUGACUCCCUACUCUUUGGCAUGUACAACUUCAGUGGCAUAAUCACAAAAGACCUGAUCCUGCAGCUGCUGGAGCUACAGACCAGGAUCCAGGCCAUUGAGUUUUGGUCCGAUGACCUAAACCGCACUGUCACCUUGAAGGACAUCUGCUUCGCUCCCCUCAACCCCAAAAAUCCAUCGCUGUCAGACUGUGCGGUCAACAGCCUGCCACAGUACUUCCAAAACAGUGUGGAAAACCUGAAUGCCAAAGUGAACAUGACAAAACUGGGGGUGACCAAGGAAGUCGACUGGAGGGAUCAUUUCAUCUACUGCAUAAACUCUCCGCUGUCUUUCAAAGACAUGACAGACCUUGGCUUGAGCUGCAUGUCCGAGUACGGUGGUCCCGUCUUCCCAUUCUUGGCAGUGGGAGGUUAUGAAAAUGAGGACUACACCAUGGCAGAGGCACUGAUACUGACCUUCUCUCUGAACAACUACCCCCGGGACAGCGUCAAGUUCAAACUUGUGGAGAAAUGGGAACAAAUGUUUUUAGACAUUGUGGCAGAGUACCAGAAGAACCCAGCCACCAAUUUCACAUUUGCUUACAUGGCAGAACGGUCCCUCGAGGAUGAGAUUAACCGGACGACAGCGGAGGACAUUCCAAUCUUCAUGAUCAGCUAUGCUGUGAUCUUCGUGUACAUCGCUGUCGCACUGGGCGAAUAUUCCUCCUUUAAACGCAUAUUGGUGGACUCUAAAAUCCUGGUUGGUCUGGGUGGGAUUUUAGUGGUUGGAUGCUCAGUCUUGGCUUCCAUGGGAUUUUAUGCCUGGAUCGGCAUUUCCUCCUCACUAGUCAUCCUGCAGGUGGUACCAUUCCUGGUGCUGGCCGUCGGAGCAGACAACAUUUUCAUAUUUGUUCUGGAAUACCAGAGGGACAAGCGGAGGCCUGGGGAGACCAGAGAGGAGCACAUUGGUCGAGUCCUUGGCAGAGUUGCUCCCAGCAUGCUCCUUUGCAGCCUCUCAGAAUCCAUCUGUUUCUUCCUUGGGGCACUUAGCAGCAUGCCGGCCGUCAAGUCCUUCGCUCUUUAUGCAGCCCUUGCUGUGGUGAUGGACUUCCUGCUGCAGAUGACAGCCUUUGUGGCCGUGCUGUCACUGGAUGCCCAGCGGCAGGACCGCAAUCGUUGUGACCUGGCAUUGUGUGUGACUGUGUCCACACCCCGGCCCUCCAAACCCAGUCAGGGCUUCCUGCUGCCUUUCAUGAAGCGUUACUACGCCCCGGUGUUGCUGAAACCUGUCACUAGGAUCAUUGUGGUUGUAGUGUUCCUCUUCAUGUUCUGUGCCUCAAUCUUCCUGAUGUUCCACGUGACUGUUGGUUUGGAUCAGGAGUUGGCAUUGCCCACGGAUUCCUACAUGCUGGAAUACUUCAAAUAUCUGAAUAUGUAUUUUGAAGUAGGCGUGCCCACAUAUUUCAUCACCACCCGGGGCUUUAACUUCUCGACGACAGAGGGCAUGGAUGCUGUGUGCUCCAGCGUGGGCUGCGACCCCUUCUCACUCACCCAGAAGAUACAGUAUGCCACAGAGUACCCAGACAAGUCCUUCCUGGCUAUUCCAGCUUCCUCCUGGGUGGAUGACUUCAUCGACUGGCUCAACCCUGGCUCUCGAUGCUGUCGACUGUACACUUCUGGCCUCGAUAUAGGGGAGUUUUGCCCUGCCUCUGAGCCCUACAACAAGUGCAUGAUAAACUGCGUUCGUGCCACCAUCAAUGUUACCCUAAGGCCCACGGUUGACCAGUUUAACAAGUACCUGCCCAUCUUCCUGGACAACGUGCCAGACUUGGAGUGCCCCAAAGGGGGCCUGGGAGCCUAUGACAAAGCUGUGGUGAGAGACACGAACGGAGAAAUCAUAGCAUCACGGUUCAUGGCCUACCACACGCCACUCAAAAACUCCCAGGAAUACACAGAGGCCCUGAGGGCGGCGCGGCAGUUAGCGGCCAACAUCACCCGCAGCAUGCGCGAGGUUAACGGCACCGCGUCGGACUUUGAAGUUUUCCCUUACACGGUGACUUACCUGUUCUACGAGCAGUACCUUACCAUCGUGCCCGAGGGCCUCUUCAACAUCGCCGUGUGCCUGGUGCCAACCUUUGUGGUCUGCUGCAUCCUGUUGGGCAUGGAUGUGCGCUCAGGCCUGCUCAACCUGUUAACCAUUGUCAUGAUCACAGUGGACACUGUGGGGGUUAUGACACUGUGGGGCAUCGACUACAACGCCGUAUCCCUCAUCAACCUCGUCACGGCCGUGGGCAUCUCAGUGGAGUUCGUGUCCCACCUGACUCGCUCCUUUGCUCUUAGCACCUGUCCCACACAUGUGGAGAGAGCCAAGGAGGCCACAGCCAACAUGGGCAGUGCGGUGUUUGCAGGAGUGGCUAUGACAAACCUGCCCGGCAUCGUGGUGCUGGCAUUUGCCAAAGCGCAGCUCAUCCAAAUAUUCUUCUUCCGCCUGAACCUCGUCAUCACACUGCUGGGUCUGGUGCACGGCCUUGUUUUCCUUCCUGUACUGCUCAGCUUCUUCGGGCCAGGACUGAACACGGCUGUGUUGCUGGAACAGCAGAAGGCGGUGACGACAGCUCAGGAGGCAGAGAGUGACAAGACGCAUGUUUACACCAACAUGAGCUUCGAAGAUUCUGAGAUGGGCCGCCCCCCAGCUGGUAACCAGUCAGCCAAAGCAGCAAGAUAACGGCAUGAUCUAAGACACAGUCUCCACAAUGUCAGCAUCCACACACUAUGAACUGACAAAUUACUUUACCCACGUGAUAUACCUCCAUACAGCACAAAUACAGUGUAGAAUGGCCAGGCUGUGGCCAUUCCACAUUCCGUCUCACAACAGAGAGGGCCAAUGUGCAACAGACGAAGCAGAAGCACUGAGCAAGCAUGGGUUCGGGAGUCAGAUCAUUCUGCUGCAGCAAACUGACUCAGUACUUAACAUAAUCAGCCAUAACCAAACUCUAAAGUCAGCCGCACCUCUUAUUUGUACUUACAGUGUUUCUACUAUGUUGACAAAAAAGACGAGCAAAAAAUACAUUUUUGGCACAUGGACAACAUAAUUACUUGGUGUUAUAAAAUUACAAAAGGGAAACCUUAAAACAGCUAAUUUUAUACUGUAAAUAUUUAAAUGUGUUCUAAAACUUAUGCAUACUAAUUUGUAUCUUACAUAUCAUUUAUAUUUCCCGUUGUGAUGUAAUACCAUGAAAAGACCUUUUUUUGAGUCAGGAGGCAAUGCAACACUCCCUUUUUUACAGCUUCUGUGAGUGAAAAACACAGCAACUGGCUUGAUAUAAACAGUUACGAAAUUGUCAAAAAUACUUACAUAUAUUUCAUGAAUUUUAAACACUGUAAAAAAAUAACUGCAGUUGUAUAUUAAACUGAUAUUUAUUUUUUAUAUUUCUUUGUUUAGUUUAUCUUGCUGAUGAACUUGCUGUAACAUACUGCCAAAUUAUAAAAUUCCAGCGUUUCAACAACUUUCAGUAACCGCUUGUUCUAGGCACGUUGUGGUGCUUUGGAGUCUAUCCUGGAAAUAUAGUGUGCUAGACUAGGCAGGGUAUACCCUGGAAACAA